AUGGUCGCCGAACGACCGCGGGCACAGGUUGCCCUCGUGGUGGUCGCAAAUUUAAUUAGGGACUGCGUAAGCGUUUCAAAGAAGGGUGGAAGCCGACUCAGUAAUAAGCGACGACGAGCAGGGCAGGCUGUUUCGCAUAGGGAACGGGUCAAGGCGUUGGGCCCCAAGCGGCCCAAGGUCGUCGUACGAUUCACUGUUUUCGCAUCGCCGAAUGUCGCAGCCGACGUCGUGUUCCCCACAGCGGAUGACGGCGGCCUCAACAGACAGCGAACCCGGCAAACACAACAGGCGUCCUUCAGUAAUAGACGGAUUCCAGUGCAACAGCAGCAACCCAAGCAGCAGCAGCAACCACAACAACAACAACAAAGUUCUUCGAGUUUCGAGCGUGGAUUUCCUGAAUUCCGAGUGCAGAAUCCUCAGUUGAGGCCGCAGCAACAGCCGAUACAACAACAGCAACAAAGGCAGCCUUCAGUAGUACAGCCGAUUGCUCCAGUGCCCACUGGUCGACUCAUUUCUCAGCGAAACCCGGCAAUAAGCGAAAUCCAAACUAAUGAAUUCCACGUUCCCGAACCACACGGAAAUCUCCAGCCGGGCUUCACUGAAGAAACAGCCGGACCAUUCGUGGAACUGCCGUUCUCGGCAUUCGGGAUCAAACCCGAAGACUACCACGAUAGCAGCGAUAGUGGGGACGACCAGGAUUACGACACCGAAGACGUAGACACGACCCCACCCCCGGUUGUCACAACGACCGAGAAACCCGUUCAGGGUCGGGUCACGGACGAGGCUAAUCCAGGCCUACAAGAGCCCGAACUCACGGAGGACGGGUUGAUCAAGGGGGAUCCAUCUGUGAACGGAAUCAAUUUCCGUCCAUUCGGUGUUGUUCCGCUCAAGCCCAUUCACAAUGGUUGGACACGUGAAACCGCCGGAAAUUUCGAAACCCUACCCUUGAGUGAGUUCUUUUUGGACGAAGUUGAAAACACCGGCAUCAAGAAAAAAAAGCCAGAAAAUGAACAGACUCAGUCUGCGCCGCAAACGACAACAAUACGAUCGUUGCAACAGUUCAACCAAUUCGCUUCUAAGGAUGACGACGAUUUUCUAGAACCAGAGGUGACCGUCAAACCCAAGCCAUUGCCAGUCGUUCCAAUUCGCCUCGAACACAACGGCUACAACGAGCGAACCGCGGGAAAAUUCAUCGAACUGCCAUACAGCGACUUCUUCCUCGAUGACGUGCCCAAUAAGGGAUACCUCGUCACUAAAAGUCCAGCAGAGAAGGCGAGAGAGGCAACAACGCCAGACUCCGGUUCAGAAGAAAUCACAACUACGCCGACAACUGGCCCAACUGCACAAACGGUUAAAUUCACCACAGAACAAACUACCACGGAAAUCCCCCCAACCACGUCAACAACCCGUCCUCAACCGAUCACAACAACGGAGCAGACGCGGGAUUUUAGACCUUUGGUUUUUGUUGAGCAAGAAGCGCCGAAACGAGUUUUGCCAACGACUUGGGAUUCAUCACUGAACAGCAUUUUCCGGAAAAUCCCUGACACUGAACCAAGCUUCUUCACUUCGCCACACACAACUUCACCAUCCAUUGAUUCCACCACAGACUCGGAGACAACUAGAUUUUUGGAUAAUGAUGUUUUCUCUACUAUUGGGAAAGGUCUUCCAAGUGUGUUUGACUCAAUUUUAAAUGAAGGAGGGCCUGAGCAGGCAACAUCUCCGGCAGUGAGAAAUACGAUAGAUUUUACCCCGAUUACGUCCAGUGCUGCGGAAGAUGCAACCGAAGCGACUCGCGGCGGUAGAACUCAAUUUCAACCAACAAGUCCAUCGAGCAUUGGCAGAUUUUCCCCGACAACAUCGAUUGACCUUCGAGGAUUCGAACAUGGAACAUUUUCUGCUCCUGGGACAGCAGAGAUGACUGGAGACAACCCUGAUUUUCCUACAACAUGGCAGCAAGCUUUUAGCCAUGGCCCAAAAUUUAAUUUUGAUUCAACUACGAAGAGAACUUUUGGAACAAACAAAAUCUUUUCUGAUCUGGCCUCCGAACGACACGGAAAUGGAAUCACAGAGAGUUCGCCUCCUUCCACCAAUAGUUUCUCACCCAGUAAAUCUACUUUUAGGAAAAACCCUGCUUCUGAAGAAAUUCAACCGGGCCGCUUUCAGCCGACCACAGAGCCAAGCUUCAUCCCAAUAAUCGCGUCAUCAGAUGUCAAGGGCACCGAAUUUAAGUCGGCUGUAGUGAAAACAGAAGCCAGGACAACAACUCAGAAUAAUCGCAGCUUUCCAGCCACUCCACAAACAACACUGAGUCACGGCCCAGAUUUCAACUCUGAUCAGACGUCAAGAACCUUUGAAACAAAUGAAGUUGCCACAGAGCCUAACCCUAAAGAUUUACCAAAGCUUCCAAAAGCUGAACAAGCGCUAGAACGCUCCAGGAAACGUUUGGGACAAGGUGUUGAAAAAGGAUCUGAAGAUAAGUCGCAGCCUGUUCACCCAGAUUGGCGAGCAAAUUUAGUGCCUGGAACAAAUAAUAAGCUACACAAUUUCACAAAUGUGGCACAAACUGCAACUGAAAAUCUACCCCAAGUAACAGCAAACAACAAGGAUGAGGAAAUAGAAAAUGCAGUUGAUUCUGCGUCAUCAACUCAACCACCACGAAGAACAUGGCGGCCAGCAACGUUGAGACGAGUGGUGCCAGGGCUCCGCUUCAAAGCUCGCGGAUCGGGCGACAACAGUUCAGAUUCUACACCAACCCGAUUGUUCCGCAGACCAAAAUUGAGCAGCCCACAAGUUGACAGCACAACUACACCAUCUGUGACACCUACAACAUCAGCAGCUUCAGAACCACCUUCACGCCUCUUCCGUCGCCCCAUCACUCAAAAUGUUGUCGACGUUGCAGAGGGAGCUUCAACAGAGCCUACUUCAACACGAGGCGUGUCUCGGCCCGGUGUGACAAGACCCAGUUCUUCCAGCGACACCAGUACUGUUACCAAGUCUGGUAAUCUGGUCCCUGGUUUGACAAGAACCUCGUUGCGGCAAUUCUUCGAACAGAGGAAUCGUAUGAGGACAAGUGUUUUGGUAUCAUCAAGAGAGGGCGUUGGAGUAGCAGGGAAGAAAGAUGCCAAGGAAUCGGGGUCGCUGACUGAAGAAGGAUCCGCAACUCGCUAGAAUGAAAAGAAUGAAUUGGGGCAAAAUCCAAGGCACAUGCUUAUUUGACACCGUUUCCACACAAAACCGGAGGAUUUCAAAUUCUGAAUGAACCAACCAUUCAGGAAUUCGACGUUUUGUUCACAAACGUGUUGAUUUGUUCCUGGAAAAAGUGCGCACGUAGAUGCGUGUCCACACAAAGAUUCAUUUUUGUGAUUUUUCAAGCCCAAUGCCUGGCAGUUUUUAAGGAAAUGUUCGGGGAAAAUUGUGGGCUAAGAACACAUUUUUUUGUUACAAGUAGAGAUGUUCAAAUUGAAACUUAAAAUAUAGUCUUUCCAUAUUUUUCUAUUCUCUCAAAAUGAUACCGAAAUUCUUUAAAAGACGUUAAGCUAAUUGAUACGUCGGAAAUAAAAUUGAAUGUACGCGGAGAGCAAACAAAAAACGCGCUGCUUUAAAAAUGUUGAGCACCUCAAGAUAUACUGUAUCCAGUACUAUUAAGAGCUUUUGAAAUCCUCUUUGAUCAAGACUGUGUUCUAUACGUUAUUGAGAUCGCGUAUGUGACAAUGUUAUUUUGUUUGGUAUUCGUUAAGAAACUUGUCAGUUACCAAUGGCGUAUUCGUAUAAUAGAGACGUUUCCGGCAUGCCUCAAUAGUAACAAAUAUCUCAACUGCUGUGAGAAGAAAUUUCCGUCUGUUUUUGAUUUUCAAGUCAUGAUCAUUUCCCUAUGAGAGCGGAUGCCUUCGGUAUUCAGGAUUUUGCGGAACUUUCAAGUCGAGAAAAUAAAAAAAUAUUUGAACUGAAGAAGUACAAUUUGAGUUUACUGAAGUUGUUACAAUAAGUGGCUGAACAGUAAGCUUGAAUUUUCAGCAGUUGGAGGCAUGACAGCCCUUCUGCCAUAUGCGUGUUUCUCAGAACUCCUGCACAUUCACAGAUUGAUCAUUGCACUGCUUUUACAAAACAUCACCAAUUGCUUUGAUUUUGAGAAAAUUUGCAAGAUGAAACUAUAGCAGUUCACGAACAGAUGAUGAAAAUCGCCACGAAAAUUCCGAUCAAUUUUCAGCCGUAUCACCUGUGAUGAGCUCUUUUAGGGCGUGACCGACAAAUAAAAAGCAAGUGAGCAUGA